AUAGCAGCCAUUAUAUCUGUCCAAAAGCCCCUUCAGAAAAAAGCAAGCAAGCGAGCACUAAGCCUCCUCACAAGACCGAGCCACCCCGGAGCCACCCCCACCGCUCUGCAGUGGCCCGUCAGCGCUCGCCUUCCCCGCCCCCUCUAACCCGCCGGGCUGGAAGUGCACGCAGGCGCGCUCUUUUUUCCCGCUCCGGUGCUCGCGCCCGUCUGUCGGCUGCUGCGAAGCGGGAACGCGCCAGGUUGAGUCAAGCCGGAGCCUGCUGUUUUGGCUUGGGCCGUGUUUUCUUCUCCUUCUCUCGUCAUCCAGCCCACCCGGGGGUGAGUGAGAACCGAAUCAGAGCCAGAGCUGCCAUGCCCUACUAGCUCUGGACAGCCUUUGCAGCGCCCCUCUGUGCCAAGCUGCCUUCGUUUAACACGGCCCCUGCACGGCGGGCAUUGGCGGGCCUCUUACCCCAGCCCUCUCACCCACCCCCUCGCUGCUAUAAACUUUGGUGCUUGUGAUCAGCUGAGAGAGCGAGGAGAAGGUAGCUCGGCGGCGGCGGGUCUUGCCACGGGGCUCCUCUGAGGAUGGAAGCUGGCGCCGCGUAUGGAGCCGGCAAAGCCGGAGGCGCUUUCGACCUGCAGACCUUCAUCCGGCAACCUCACACCAUCCUCCGGAUGGUUUCUUGGCUGUUCUCCAUUGUUGUGUUUGGCUCCAUUGUGAAUGAAGGCUACCUUAACCAUCAAGAUGAAUCAGAGGAGUUUUGCAUCUUCAAUCGCAACCAGGAUGCCUGUGGUUACGGUAUCACCGUGGGAGUCCUUGCCUUCCUCAGUUGCCUUCUUUACCUGGCACUAGAUGUCUACUUUCCACAGAUUAGCAGUGUCAAAGAUCGCAAGAAAGUUGUACUCUCCGAUAUUGGUGUGUCUGGCUUAUGGGCAUUCCUCUGGUUUGUCAGUUUUUGUUUCCUGGCUGACCAAUGGCGAGUUUCAAGACCAGAAGAUAAUCCAAUGAAUGAAGGAACAGAUGCAGCUCGAGCAGCGAUUGCAUUCUCUUUUUUCUCCAUUUUCACCUGGAGCACGCUGACAUUUCUGGCUUUUCGGAGACUUGGAGAGAUUACCUUUCAGGAAGAAUACAACACUCUGUUUCCUAACGCUCCACCACUGUUGCCCUAAUGCUAGUGUCCAGAAAGGUUGGGCAUAGCAGUGAGGAAAUUGUUGGAGUGAAAAUGUUUCCAGCUCCAUGCUGAAAGGCAGGAAGGAAGAUGAGAGGCAGAAAAAUUUUAUAGUGAGUGAUUGGGCAGCCGAUGUGGUAAGAAGAGUGAGAACAUCGAGAUGCCUUGGAGUUUGGGAGAGCCUCUGCCUGCCCUUUAGCACUGAAUAGCUGAAAGUAGAAUUUAUCCUGUUCAUGUUCUCCUCUUCCUGCCUCUGUGCCCCUCUCCCCAAGUAAUGCCAAAUAACACCAAUGUACCUUUCUCUCAACCUUAGUAUUAUUUAACUGCCAUGGGUCGCUGCCAAAAUACACUUUCUGCUUCUAAUCA